CUAUUUAUAUUAAAUUUUGUUUAUUCAACGAAAUCAUGUUCUCACUGAAUCAGCGUUAAAUUCUGUACAAUAAAAGUUUGAUCUUUGCAAUUAUUAUCCCAUAGGAUGAGUGAUCUGUGCUGACGUUAAUUCAAAUAUCCUUGUAUCUAACCUCAAACAACAAAAAAAAUAGCACUGUACCAAUAAUAACUGAUAACAUUUGAUAGAGAAUCUAGAAUGCAAGAAGUAAACACAACAUCCCUAUUGGAAUGCGUCCUUCGCCUGGCAGACGCCACCGCUUACGUGGACUGCUUCAAAAAAGAAAACUUGCAAGCCAAGCAUUUGGGAAUCCUCUCUGACAAAGACCUGGAAAUGAUUGGUGUGGAUGACCGAGUGGUCAGGGGGAAGAUCAUCAAAGCUUCUUCGAACUUGUUGAUCAACAUGGAGAAGAAAACAGUUGUUGAUAUUAACGCUGAAUAUGCAGCUACGAUUUUGAGGAACAUUGAUAUGCAGCUGAAGAUGCACACCAGCAAUUUGGCGUUGUGCGCUUACAGGCUGGACAUUCUGAACGAGAACGUCGAUUUGGAGGAUUCCGACAAGGCGCUGUUCUCUUGCAUAGGCAGUCUCAGGAAGGAACUGCAGCUGUUCAAAGAUAAAAUUGUCGGCAAUUCUCAAGAAAAAGGUGGUAGCAGCAGCAAACGACGAAGAUGCAUGCAAGCCAUCCUACUCAGCGCCGGAAUUGUUUGCUUCACUUGUCUACUCAGAAAGUACAAAGGAUGAUGACAGAGUUUCCAUUCCCUCCAUUCAACUCCACUUCCCAGAGUCCUACUUUUUUACACUUCCUUUAG